AUGUUAAUGGAUGUAAGGUAUGCUCGCGGUAACGGAGGUAGAUAUCAAGCCGGUUCUACUUGUUCGCCCGAAAUACAUUUCCAUGCCAAAGAUGCCCUAACAUCGAGAAAAGAAGACGAGAAAGAGAAAGACGAUCCAGACCAAAUUCUGAUCAAUGAUAUUGGUACAGCGCUGCGGUUUACAAAUGAAGAUUUUGAUCACCAGAUACAAAGUUUAAAAUCGCUGCUUCAUAAUGGUGAAAUCACAUUUGACCUGCUAUGGGCUUUGAUGAAACCAAAAGAUUACGUGGUUUCUAUGCAGUUCAGGCUUACAGUCCAGAGUCAAGCUUUGAGUGUUGUCAGUGGGACCUAUCUUAGGAGAGAGAAUCAUACGAAUUAUUUCAAUCUCAACGGCCGCAUGAUCUCUCAUGAUGGAGAAGAUUUUGGCUAUGGCUUCGUAGACAUCGAGAUAGAUGCGUUCGACGGAGCUAGGAAGAUAACAUGGUUAAAGGCAUAUCCCAUUCAUUAUGAUCCAGAUCCAGAUCUCCUUCACAAGAAUUUGAUCCAACGAGCGCGCAAGUAUAUGUCCUUGAUUCGAGCUCUUCCUCAGGCUGUUUGUCAAGAGUAUACUGUGGAUUUUGGUUUAGAGGAUCACAAAACUUCGAAUGGAAAAGUUCAGGCUCAGAAGGCUAACUUACGUGGUCGUGUCAUGGCGGAUUUCGAGGCAUGGAAGUUCAAUAAUGGUUGGACGGAUCUUGCUAAACCACUAGUUCAAAGAGGACACUCUAUUACGGGUAAAGAUUUGGAUUUGCGUGAUGAUCAAUUGUGGAUUUGCGCAAACUGGAUCAACGGUUUCAGUUUGACCUACAAGUCACAGGGUCAAAUUUCUGUUGAUGGCUUGGAACACAUCGUUUGGAAUGAAGAUGCUUUUAAAAAGCUGGUCGUUGAUGAAACUAGAAGAAAGUUGAUUCACGCAUUAGUAAGAGCUCGCCGACAAGACGAUGCUUCUUUUGAUGACAUCAUUGAAAACAAAGGGAAAGGUCUCGUUGGAUUGCUCAGUGGUAGUCCUGGUGUCAGAAAAACAUUGACUGCUGAAGCGGUUGCUGAGGUUACCUCUCGUCCCUUGUACCAAGUCUGCACUGGAAAACUUGGAGUCGAUGCCGAUAAGGUCGAUAAAUGUCUAGGUACGAUACUAGAGAUCACUAGACGAUGGGGUUGUGUUCCACUCAUCGACGAAGCGGAUGUAUUCCUCGCAACGCGCGGAAUCGACUUUGCUCGCGACACACUUGUGAGUAUCUUCUUGCGAAGGCUUAAGUACUUCAGGAUUUUUUUAAUCUUGACGACAAAUCGGAAGUCAGAAAUUGAUCCGGCUUUCCAGAGCCGUAUACACUUCUCUAUCCACUAUUCUGAUCUAACGGAAAGUGGCCGUGUAGUUGUUUGGACUAACUUUAUCGGCACUGUCUCAAAGCAAACGGGAACUUCUAGCAUCGAUUCGACUGAUAUCGAGAAACUCGCAAGACUUGAGUUGAAUAGAUGA